AGGAGCAGUGUCAAUCAAGUGUGUUACAAUAGCACGUGCAAUAGUCAUGGUUCAAGACACACAGAGGUUUAUCUUAACUCCAGCAGCUGGGUGAGAAUGACUUGGAAGCCUCUGCAAGAUCUUGGAACAGAAGCUACAUUAAAUAAUGUAUUCUGAGGUAAACUGGAUACCUGAGGAAAGAUUCUAAAUAAUGUAUUUUGUAGGCAUGACAGUUGUAGCAGAAGAGAAUGCUGAAACCUGUAGGAAGACUACGGUCUGAGAUGAAAGAAUGUCUCAUUAUCAUUUUAUCAAGUGCUGCUGUUUCCAGCUAUGUAAUGUUUUUCGAACGCAUGACAUGGAAAUUGACCAGUGCUUGCUGGAGUCCCUCCCUUUAGGCCAGCGUCAGCGGUUGGUGAAACGUAUGCGCUGUGAUCAAAUAAAGGCAUAUUAUGAAAGAGAAAAAGCUUUUCAGAAACAGGAAGGACAUGUGAAAAAAUUGAAACAUGGAAAGAAUCACCGAGUUCAUUUCAACCUCGCUGAUAUGAUACAGGAUGCAAUCAUACAUCAUGAUGACAAAGAAGUGCUACGGCUACUAAAGGAUGGUGCAGAUCCUCACACUCUUAUUUCCUCAGGAGGCUCCUUGCUCCAUCUGUGUGCUCGUUAUGACAAUGCCUUUGCUGCAGAAAUUCUGAUUGACACAGGAGUAAAUGUAAAUCAUCAGGAUGAGGAUUUUUGGACAUCAGUGCAUGUAGCCUGUGCAUGUGAUAAUCCUGAUAUUGUCCUGCUACUGUUAGUAGCUGGGGCCAAUGUGCUGCUGCAGGAUGUUAAUGGAAACAUUGCUCUUGAUUAUGCCAUGGAAGGGACGGAAUCCAGCUGCAUCCUUCUGACAUACUUGGAAGAAAAUGGUGUGGAUCUGAACUCACUGCGCCAGAUGAAGAUUCAGAGACCUAUGACAAUGCUUGCAGAUGUUAAGCAACUUAUAUUGGCUGGAGGGAAUGUGAAUCAGAAGAACGAUAAAGGGGUUACACUGCUGCACAUAGCCUGUGCAAAUGGGUACAAGGAUGUGGCAUCUCUGAUCCUGGAUCAUGGUGCUGAUGUCAAUGUUGUGGAUAAUCAGUACUGGACCCCUCUGCAUUUGGCUGCAAAAUAUGGACAGACAAACCUUGUGAAACUGCUGUUGAUGCAUCAGGCAAACCCCAGUCUUCUCAGCUACAGUGAUGAAAAGCCCUCAGAUAUUGCAGCUUCUGAAUUUAUUGAGGAAAUGCUGCUGAAGGCUGAAACUGUAUGGGAGGAAAAAAUGAAAGACCCUUUAUCUGUUUCUGCUUUAUCACAAGAAGAGACAUAUGAAGAGAUCAUCCAAGAUCUGCCUGCACUUUCCAAUAAACUCAAUCCCCUGGCUUUGCCGAUUGCCAAACAAGACAGUUUGCUGGAGAAAGACACCAUGUUCAGAGAUGCAACAAAAGCCUUAUGUAAGCAGCAGUCUCAAGACACCGCAUCUGACAAUAUCACAGUGACUGACACAACCAAACUUGAACAGGUCAAGUUAAUGCCUCCAGCACCAAAUGAUGACCUGGCUACUCUGAGUGAGCUAACAGACAGCAGCCUGCUUUAUGAGAUUCAGAAACGUUUCAGUAACAAUCAGAUAUAUACCUACAUUGGAGAUAUACUGUUGCUGGUUAAUCCAUUUAAAGAACUUCCAAUUUAUUCCACUAUGGUCACCCAGCUUUACCUAAGUGACUCUGGCAAACUGUGUUCCUCACUUCCCCCACAUAUAUUCUCCUGUGCUGAAAGGGCUUACCACAUGCUUUUCCAGGAGCGGCGUCCUCAAUGCUUUAUUCUCAGUGGAGAAAGUGGUUCUGGGAAAACUGAAGCCUGCAAACAAAUAGUGAAGCACCUGACAUGCAGAUCGAGUUCCAGCAGGAGUACCUUUGAUUCAAAGAUAAAACAUGUAAACUGUAUCUUGGAGGCUUUUGGACAUGCUAAAACAACCCUGAAUGAUUUGUCCAGCUGUUUUAUAAAAUAUUUUGAGCUGCAGUUCUGUGAGAAGAAAAAAGUAUUAACUGGAGCAAGGAUUUAUACGUACAUGCUGGAGAAGUCCCGUGUUGUCAUGCAGCCUCUCAACCAGAGCAAUUUUCUUGUUUUUUACUUGUUGAUGGAUGGGCUGUCCGCUGAAGAAAAGUACGGCCUGUACCUCAGUAAUUUGUCUGCACACAGGUAUCUGAACCAGACUGUACUGGAAGAGACAUCAGUAACAGUGAACACUCUCAACAAAGAGAAAUUAGCUGUCCUAAAACAAGCCCUAACUGCUUUUGGAUUCAAUAACCUGGAGGUGGAGAACCUGUUUGUAAUUCUCUCAGCAAUUCUGCAUCUCGGAGAUAUUCGGUUUACUACUCUGACAGACACUGAGACAGCAUUUGUGUCAGACCUGCAGCUACUAGAACAAGUGGCAGGAAUGUUGCAGGUAUCACCAGAUGAACUUGCUGCAGCCUUAACAACUGAUGUCCAGUAUUUCAAAGGGGACAUGAUCAUGAGGAGACACACUAUAGAGAUUGCAGAAUUUUACCGAGAUCUUUUGGCAAAGUCACUGUAUAGUCGUUUAUUUAGUUUUUUAGUGAACACAAUCAACUACAACCUCCAGAAUCAAUAUGAGACCCGCAGUGACCAGGUAUUUGAAAUUGGAAUACUGGAUAUCUUUGGGUUUGAGGAAUUUCAAAAGAAUACGUAUGAACAGCUGUGUGUGAACAUGAUCAACGAGAAGAUACACCAGUAUAUCAAUGAAGUCCUUUUUCUACAAGAGCAAGCAGAAUGUGUACAGGAGGGAGUUACUAUGGAAACAACAUAUUCUCCUGGUAACCAUACAGAAGCCUUGGGUUUUUUCUUUCAGAAGCCGUCAGGUUUUUUGGCAAUGCUGGAUGAAGAAAGCCAAUCCAUUUGGUCAAUAGAGCAGAAUCUUUCUAAACGCCUUCAGUCGUACCUGGAAACCUCAGACACAAAUGCAGUAUAUUCUUCCACAAAAGAUGGAAAUGGCAAUGUUGCUCCAAAGGAUCAGAGUUCCACCUUCACUGUUAUGCAUUAUGCAGGAAGGGUGACUUAUGAAAUUGUUGGAGCUAUUGAAAAAAAUAAAGAUUCACUUUCACAAAAUCUCCUAUUUGUAAUGAAAACUAGUGAAAAUAUAGUCAUCAGUCAGUUGUUCCAGUCUAAACUGACACAGACAGGAUCCCUUGUCCCUCCAUAUCAUUCUCUUCAAAUUAGAGGAUCCAAAGCAGCCUUGCUCAAUAAGAAAGCAUCAGUAGCCUACACAAGAGGAGAGGCAAAGAAAUAUAUGGAGCUCAGUAAGUUGUUGAAAAAGAAGGGAACUUCCACAUUUCUUCAGAGACUGGAACGAGGGGGCCCACUCACUAUGGCCACACAGCUCAGGAAAUCACUCUCAGAUAUUAUUGGGAAGCUUCAGAACUGCACACCUCAUUCUGUUCAUUGUAUCAAACCCAAUAACUCUAAGCUUCCAGACUCUUUUGAUAAUUUUUACGUGUCUGCUCAGCUGCAGUAUAUUGGUGUCCUAGAAAUGGUGAAAAUCAUACGGCAUGGUUAUCCAGUACGCCUCUCUUUCACUGACUUCUUGUCAAGGUAUAAGAACUUGUCUGAUACAGCACUGGGAGAGAGAAAGAAGUUAUCUGCCAAGGAGAAAUGUCAUCUUGUUCUUCAGCAGUGUAAAUUACAAGGCUGGCAGAUAGGAGUCCAAAAAGUGUUUCUAAAGUACUGGCAAGCUGACCAUCUCAAUGAUUUGUGCCUUCAGCUGCAGAGGAAAAUUGUAACUUGUCAGAAAGUUGUAAGAGGAUUUCUAGCUCGCCAGCGUUUGCUACAGAAGAUGAGCAUCAAACAGCAAGAGGUCACAUCAAUCAAAGACUUUCUACAGAAUGCAGAGGAUAUGGGGCUGAAAGCAUAUGAUGCUUUGGUCAUUCAGAAUGCUUCUGACAUUGCUCGGGAAAAUGACCGGCUCCGCAAUGAAAUGAAUGCUGCUUACCGACGGGAAAAGUUAGAAGUUAGAAACAGGCAAGAAGAAGCCCCCAAAAGAGCUGAAGACAGGGGUGGGAAGGUCUCUGAGGACAGCUUUACUGGCUGCCGAACGCCUAAGCAUUUUCAUUCCAGUUCUGUGCCUGUCCCUAUGGCAGUGGAUGGCUUGGUACAUUCUGUGGCUGGAUCAUCCAUCAGAUCCCCCUCCCUGUACUCUGUGUUCAGCAUGGAUGAUAGUAAUAGCCUGCCAUCACCAAGGAAACAGCCUCCUCCCAAACCAAAGAGGGACCCCAACACACGACUGAGCGCUUCAUACGAGGCUGUUAGCGCUUGCCUGUCGGCAGCUUCUAAGGAAACAGCUAAUGAAGUACUGACCCGACCAAGGCCACACAGUGAUGACUAUAGCACCAUGAAAAAGAUUCCUCCCAGAAAGCCAAAAAGAAGUCCCAACACAAAGCUCAGUGGCUCCUAUGAAGAGAUAUCUGGCCAAAAGCCUGGGGAUGUGAAACAUUCAAACAUAGUAUCUAAAACAGGUGGUCAUGACAUUAUGACAAUACAAAGAGCAGCUUCUGCUGAUGGGCCACAUCACAGCACGUUGAGUUUGUGUAUGUCACAGGAAGAGGAGGAAACUGAGCCGGUGUACAUUGAAAUGGUAGGGAAUGCUAUGAUGAAUAGUUCUGCUGAACCAGAAAGCCCAGACCAAGGAGAGUCUGUUUAUGAAGAGAUGAAAUAUUUUUUACUGGAAGAAGUCAGCAAUGGUAAUGGGAUGGUUCCAUUAGUGACCGGAUCUCCUCCGCUGUUGUUUGAGAGCAAAAACUCUGUACCCGUUGAAGAACUUGAUGCAAAUAAUCAAGCAGCCUUGGGUUAUAAAGACUCUUGUGACAUUCCAGCCCCUUUCCCAAACUUACUUCCUCAUAGGCCCCCACUUCUUGUGUUUCCUCCAACCCCUGUAACAUGCUCACCUGCUUCUGAUGAAUCACCACUAACACCACUAGAAGUGAAAAAGCUUCCUGUCCUGGAAACCAAUCUAAAAUACCCAGUGCAGUCAGAGGGUUCAAGUCCUCUAUCCCCACAAUAUCCCAAAAACCAGAAAGGGGAGAAUGAAAGGCCUUCAUCCCCAGGUUUGGCUGUAUUUAAUGUUUCAAGCAAAGUAUCUCCUCCUUCAACUCCUCCUCCUCCUCUCCCUCCCCUGCCUCCUCCUAUGCCCCCGUCUAUUUCCUAUGGACCUUCCUCACAUUUUACUUUCCCCCCAGAGACUUCUGCUACUUUUCCAGCUAAUACAGGGAAAACAGGAACAAACUCAGAUCCAUCCAAAGUACCUCAGAGACCAAAUCCUGUUCAAGUUGGAGGUUCGUCUUCCCCAUUCUCCAAGCUGCCUUACUCCCCAGUAAAGGUGGCAAGAGCUGAGCACAGGAAAUCAAACUCCAACUCAUCAUCUCCACUUCCAUACAGCCCUACAAACUCAAGACCCUUGACUAGUCCCCUUGAUGAGUUAACUAGCUUGUUCAACUCAGGACGGAGCAUGCUUCGCAAGUCCGCGGCAGGAAGAAAGAUUAGGGAGCCUGAAGGUCCUGAAACUAAUAUGAACUUGACAAGCAGGGAAGAUCCCACCGCAUCAGAAACUGGAUCAGAAACCCAAGAUAAAAACGCAAACAACCGUGGAACUCAAUCGUCUAAUCCACUGUCCAGUUCCGUAACUGCUGAAAAUGGAAAUUCAGUCUCAAAUGGUUUACCAGAGGAAAAUGAAUAUUCAAGACUGUCAGCCAGCACUACAGCAAGCUCAUCAAAUCAAAGGCACAGGGAGAGCCACACUAGUCAGGUUAUCCACCAGCUCAGACUUUCAGAGAACGAGAGCGUUGCACUGCAGGAACUCCUGGACUGGAGGCGAAAGCUGUGUGAAGAGAGAGGAGACUGGCAGAAAAUCCUGCACAACACCGAGCAAAGAAUCACAGCUCCUCCCCCACCUCCCUGUAAAAAGCCAACUCUGCUGAAGAAGGUAGAAGAUACACCCUGCAACAGACUGUCUUCAGGGAUCUGGGAUACCACUAUGUGAUUUUAAUUUGUUUGUUUGUGGAGUAUUAGAAGUAAAACCAUCUAACGAUUUCAAUCUGCAGAGUCAGCAGGUUUCUGCCCCUGCAAUGCGUGCAGUAUUUUCUACAAGCAUCUAUUCAAGAGCACAGGAAGCAGGCGUUACAUAGAUCUGUUGUGUGUGUGUGUAUGCGCUUGUGUAUAUAUGUGUGUUUAUUUCCUUUUUUAUAUAUGGAGACAAACUGCACUAUAAGUAAAUAGUUUAAAAAUACAAGAUAGUUACCUACUGCUCUCCCAUGGACAAUGAACAAAUUCUGUGUUGAGUGAGUGAGGAUACGGAGAUGUAAUUGGCAAACAGUUUGGAGAGAUUGGGGAAGUCUGUGUGCACACUGUACAGCUGUUUUAUAUAGUACAAUAAUAUGAUGUUUCUUGUAUCUCAAUGAAUGGUUUUAUUAUAUUACCUAUCCAUAUAUAAUAGUUCUUUGUAGAUGUCUGUGUUUUAUUGGAAUUGCAAACAUGAUAAUUAUUUACAUGUUUAUUACUGGUAUUUUACAACUUUAUGCAAUUGGUGCUGUUGUUCCUUCUUCAG